AUGCGCUUUAACGAAAACCGUUGGACCAGAGCCGUAAGCGACUGGGUUCCCCGCGAUAUUGAGCGCACUACAGGAAGACCGCCAACAAGGUCAGAUUUCUUCACGAAGUCCUUCAAAGAAACGUAUGAUGCACUUCGUGUCUCACGCGAAAGGAGGAACCACUUGGCUACUCUGGCACGCGAUCGGGACAAAUGGAUGAAUUACUGGCGCCCGCUCGACCAGUUCGAAGAUCAACGGGAGUCAGGGUAUUUUAAGUAUCCGGAACGAAAAGAUAUGGGACACUGCCCACCGCAUUUUGGUAAAGUCAGUGUGUUUGUCGCAUAUUCUGGACAAACUGGACAGCAGAUAUACGCCUUUGCCCAGAAAACGUUGCAAUGCUAUUUAAAAGGCACCAACUACACAUUGUUUCUUGUGGAUCUUGACAGUGACCCAAUAAUACAGGAGAGAUGCAAAGCGCACGGAAAUGUUUUCUACAAAAAACACUGUGCUGCAGCACUCUACCUUCCGAAAACAGACUGGAUGCUUGUGAUCGAUGCUGACACAGGUGAUACACAAAGUUCAAGAGGAACGGGCAAAAUCUUCCUUGGAAAAAAUGCAAUACUUUGCAAACUUGACGGACUUUUUGUCAGCGUUUGGCGGAGAGGUGGAGUAACAUUGUUCACGGAGGACUUAAUGCCUGGGGCCAAAAUAAUACGUUCGCCCGCGUCUGUAUGGAAUAGCGUCAUAAACCCCAACCAUUGCAUAGAGGAAUGGAUAGAUGAACGAGUGAGCAUCAUCCUCUACGAACGUUUUUUUAAUUUGGAAUUCGCAGCUGGCAACUACAUAGUCAAGAACACGAUGUUCGGCAACAAUUUUCUGCGUAAAUGGUCAGAAUACGAAUUCAAACAACCAAAAUCUUAUAACGGAUACGAUCAAGGGGGACUCAUGAUGCUACUUCUCGAGUCAUUGAUUCCUGAAGCGGUAAAGGAACAAAACAUUUGCCAUCACUAUUGGAAGAAAGCGUCGAACUAUUCGACAUAUAUGGCAACUGUCAUGUGCGUGAGAUUAUCAUUGGGAGCAACGACUGUAUGGCCUGGAAAAGUCCGUUUUUAUAGAAGAACUAAGGUUUUUACGCGCGAUGGUUGGAGUACCGAUCAAAAAUGGUCAGAUGAGGACUUCAUGUUUCAUGGAUGGAAAACCACCAAUAACCUCACUUGGGUCACCGUUUUCGAAAGCAAAAUUGACUUUAAUCUAUGCGGAAAAGGCAUUGUUGGUUGGAAAUGGCACGAGGAAACCAAAAUAACUUCAGCAGAAAUGAGAAGUAUGUUUCUACAACAAGAAAAGCACUAUCUCUCGCAAUUUCCACAGGAGGGAAGAGUUAAUCCACUUCUUGAUGUUCUGAACAUUCUAUGA